CUCAAUACAGUAUUUGUUAUAUACUAGUAACGUGUUACUUGGAAAGCCUUUGUGUCUAAUCCCCUGCCUCCUCUGUCAAGUCAACCUUACGCAAGAAACCUCUGUGUCUUCUAUCAUUUAGAAGUCAGCGUUACACCAGCUGGGAGCGGUCGGCGUGAGCACAGAGAACCAGGAGAUCGGUCCAGGUUCAGGGGAAAGUAGGGGUGAAGUCAGCACAGCACCGAAGUCACUCAGCAUGGCGAACAAGUCACUUUCAUCAACUCUAGCCGAGAGGACGUGGACAUUUCAGAAAACAUUGGAGACUGACGCGGGACCGGUAUCAGUGCGGGCACGCAUGGGAAAACGGAAAUGGCCUGAUAUCGUCGAGGUUGACAAACCUGCCCAAGACAUCAGAGCAGUAAAAAAACAGAUGACGCGACCAGUUGUGCCGGACAAUCAAGGAAAAUCCCACGUUGCUGCUCUAGACGAUGAAAAUUCAAAUUUUAUCGCUGCAGGACCAAAGAAACCGAAGGACCAAAGGAAGAAUCUGCACAAACCUGCACCAUCGCAAGCAGAGAAAGAACUCAUAUUUCCUGCAAUCGACCCGUCUAUAAUUCCGGAGAACGAGAGACUUGAUGUCUUGGAAGUACUCCAACUCGGGAACAAGUUCAUGCGAGCACCACCAAAGCAGAAAGGUGUAGUUCACGGAGUGACUGCGGGAUACCUGCGCCACCAAGCAGCUCCGUACGCAUACAGUUAUCGAGGAAAGCUCAAAGCCGCAUACUGGCCCUACCGGAAGGCGUGCAACAAGGAUGGACAACAGAUCUUGUCAGACGCCAGGAUUCGACAGCUAUGCUCAGGACGUGUCUACCAACGGGCACAGAAGGAGUACCUGGAGUCCCGGGAUGCAGCAUCAGGCAAAUUCACAGUGAGAAAGACGACAGACGCUCCGGUUUUAAACCAAUUUUCACAAGUGCAAGGACUAGCGGCCGCGAUUCUCGACGAAAGAAACGAGUUUGCCCUCAAGAAGUUGACCGGAAAAGAAAUUGGGACAAUGAAGCUGAGCGCCGCAAGAAAAAAUGUGGUGGCUCGAGAAGCACAAGCUCUUGAGGAACAAGCGCGCGGAAUGCGAGCUCAGCAGCAAGUAACAGCCCUAGUGCGAAAGAAUUUGAAACGCGAAGUUGCCCACGCGACGGAGAGGAAGGAUCAACGGAUUGAGGAAUUGGAGUCAAGUCUCCAAGAAGUGGUUCACCAUGCGCAGCAAGAGAUCUCUGACGAAGUCAUCAAGCGCGAGGCCGCCAUGACUGAAUUGGCUGAAGAAAAUGCACUUUUACGAUUGAUGCUCGGCAUGGGGGAAUGA